CAUCUGUUUCGUCAGAGGCCAUUACUGUAAACCCAAGAAAAAGAAAAUACUAAGUACUAACAGAAAUUUGUCUUUUGCAUUUCUAUUAAAUCACUUUCUUUUAUAUUCUUUCCAUUUUUUUUUUUUUAUCCUUCAUUCAAUUUUCUUGAGUUUGAAGUUUGAACUCAAUAUCCCGCCUCUCACAUUUUCAAUCUCCAUUAUUUUUCUUUUUAUUUUUCUCUCAACAAGAUCGUUUCUUGAUCAAUAUUAGAGAGUUCUUGUAGGCUGUGUUUGCAGAACAAAGGUAGUUGAGGGGGUUCAACUAAAAGUAAAUUGACUUGCCUAAUUCCAUGCCCCCUAAACUUACUAUGAAGAGAGAUAAUUCAGUAGUCUCCGCUGCAACUGAGCCCAUGGUUCGAAUUACAAGAUCUCGAGCUGCUGCCACUGAAAAAUCCACGCUUCCACGCGCUGCUGAACUGCCAAAGCAGCGGGGACAGAAACGUUCUCUGCAGAUAAAUUCUAACACGACAAUCCUCAGAGAGAGGAACAAGAAUGUUCCACUUGCUGCCCGUGUGGAUCAGAAAUGCCGGCCUGUGCUUAAAGAUGUUACAAAUCUAUGUCGCAAGACUUCAAAUGAAGACUGCCUCAAUGCUAUCAAAGUCCCAAAGAAGAAGAUCAUGCGAGUUGGAAACAGUUCAAUGAAUGCGACUAAAGUGACAACUUCAGUCGACUCUGAAGUCUAUCAAUUUCCAGCCAAGUUACCACAAAGGUGUAGCAUUAAUCAAAGUUACUCAGACAGAAAGUUCCAUGAGCAACAGCAAGAAAAUCCAACAGCAAUCAAAAGUUUUUCAAGAAAAGUUGGGAAAGCUGUUCGUGAUGCGGCACCAUCAACAUCAACAAAGUUGGACUUCAUAGACAUUGAUUCUGAUCAAAAGGAUCCACAACAAUGCAGUCAAUAUGCUGAUGAGAUAUACAACAAUUUACGGGUUGCAGAGCUAAUUAAAAGGCCACAAUCAAAUUUCAUGGAAACACUCCAACAAGAUAUCACACAAAGUAUGCGGGGAAUCCUUGUCGACUGGCUUGUGGAAGUGUCCGAGGAAUAUAAGUUGGUGCCAGAUACACUCUAUCUUGCCGUUCACUUCAUCGAUCUAUUUCUCUCUCAAAACUAUGUGGAAAGGAAAAACCUGCAGCUCCUUGGCAUCACUUGCAUGCUAGUUGCCUCGAAAUAUGAAGAGAUGUGUGCUCCACGUGUUGAGGAGUUCUGUUUCAUCACUGACAAUGCUUACACGAAAAGUGAGGUCCUGGCAAUGGAGAGUCUUGUUCUGAACUUUCUAGGUUUCCGACUCGCAGCUCCAACUGCAAAGACCUUUCUCAGGAGAUCUAUAAGAGCAGCACAAGCUUCUUACAAGAAUCCCAAUCUGGAGCUAGAGUUUUUGGCUAAUUAUCUAGCUGAACUGACAUUGGUCGAGUAUGGUUUCUUGAAAUUCGCCCCCUCUGCUAUUGCUGCAUCAUCUGUAUUCCUUGCGAGAUGGACACUAGAUCAGUCAAUCCACCCAUGGAGUCCAACACUGGAGCACUAUACCUAUUACAAGGCUCAGGAUCUGAAAACCAUAGUGUUCGUAUUACAAGAUCUGCAGUUGAAUACAAAAAACUGCCCUCUAAAUGCCAUACGUGCUAAAUACCGACAAGAUAAGUUCAAGUCCGUCGCGUGUUUGUCUUCCCCGAAGCUACUUGAGAAGCUGUUCCAAACAUGAAAUUUGAAGAUAUAAGACUAACCAAAUGGAGCAAUGCUGAAGCACAUGACUUUCUAUAAAGGGAAUUUUUUUGCAACUUGGCUCCUCUCUAGGCCUUUUUUAACUGAUUCAAAUUCACUUUGAGUGUUCCUUUUGUCCAUUCUUUGACACACUAGCAAUAUACUUAAAUUGCGAGUUUAGCCGGUAGAAAAGUAGCAACUCUCUCAGUUGUAAUUGAAGAAACCUUGCAGGUAAUUUGUACAUGCUAUUUUUUUCAGCCCGUUACUUUGGCCUGGUUUUGUAAUUUAGAAUGAUCCGUCUUAAACUGAAAUGCAACUUCAUUAUGAAAAUUUUCCCUUCAGAAAUAGACUCUUAAAUCAUUUGU